AUGGCUGGGAGCAAGAAGAAGGCAUCGACCGCGGCGGGCGCGCAAAAGGCCACCGCGGGCGGCGCGACGCGGUUCGAGGACAUGUUCGAGGUGAUCGAUAGGGACCCAGACGGGAAGAAGUUCGACCGCGUGUCGAGGUACAAGUGCCGGAGCGAGUUCGACGCCGAGCUCACGAUCGACGUCAACGUGGACGUGUACCCGCUGAGCGUCGGACAGCGGUUCUCCCUCGCGCUCGCGCCGACGCUCUCCCUCGACGGCUCCCCGGAGGACGACGCGUUCGAUCAAAGCGGUAAGCCUUCUCUGGCGGACGGGUACGAGUACGUGAUGUAUGGGAAGUGUUACAAGAAGGUUGAGGAGAACGCCGGCGGGUUGACGCGCGCGAGCGCGUUCGUCUCCUUCGGCGGUCUACUCAUGAACCUCAAGGCGGAUCCCAAGAGCUUACAGGAAGUCGACGUGGACGAUAGGAUUUAUCUCUUGAUGCGCGCCGUGUGA